ACCUGGACAUUGGCAGCAAUGACAUCCAGGCUUACAGCAUCGUUCCUGUGAAUGACUAUUUCCGUGUCUUCACUCAAAGGAGGCACGAGGGAAAUAUGAAUGUAGAGCUCGUUUUGCAACAGCCUCUGGACAGAGAGGAGAUGCCAGAGUUGGAUUUCACUCUAAUUGCUGCUGAUGGUGGCUCUCCACCCAGGACUGGAACUGCCCAAGUCCACAUCAUAGUUCUGGAUAUAAAUGACAAUAAACCCAAUUUCACCCAGGAUACAUAUAAUGGUCAAGUUGUGGAAAAUGCACCUGAGGGCUCCUUAGUUCUCCGUGUGUUGGCCAUGGAUGCAGAUGUGGGGAUUAAUGGUGACAUUUCCUAUCAAUUUAUCCAAACUGUGGGCCAGAGCCAGCCAUCGUUUACAAUAAAUAGAAAGAAUGGAGAAAUUCGAGUAAAAGAACAUCUUGAUUUCGAGGUUGCACAGAAACACGAGCUCAGCGUACAGGCUACAGACAGUGGAGGACUCUGGGCACUCUGCCAUGUAUUAAUCGAAGUGAUGGAUAUGAACGACAAUGCACCAGAGAUCGUGGUCAGUUCCUUCAACAGCCCAAUCCCUGAGAAUGCAGCACCUGGCACUGUGGUCGCACUCUUUGAUGUCAGGGAUCAGGAUUCCGGUGUGAAUGGGGAGAUCAGCUGUGCCCUCGAAGAACAGCUGCCCUUCUCCCUCCGGCCAGCCUUUAAGAACUACUACGAGCUGGUGACCGUGAGCGCGUUGGACCGGGAGAAAACAGCACGUUACAGUGUAAUCGUCACGGCAGCAGAUGCAGGGUCUCCUCGUCUGAGCAGCAGCCGCACGUUCACCGUGGACAUCUCCGACGUGAAUGACAACGCGCCCGUCUUCAACCAGACGUCGUACACCAUGUACGUGCACGAGAACAACGUCCCCGCGCUGCUCGUCGGGGCCGUGAAGGCAACGGACGCGGACGCGGGAGCCAACGGCAAGGUGAGCUAUUCCCUGGUGCCGAUAGGGAUUGUGAAAGUCUUCCCCAGCCAGGGCUCUAGCUGCGUGUCCCAAGAUGCAGAAAGCAAAGGUAAGAACUGGGAGAAGGAAGAUCUGCCUGCUGUCAGUGAAGAUCAGAUUGGUGAUCAUGUAAAGAACGUGCAGAUCAUCCUGAAGGCCCUACUGAGGCACCUGGAAACAGGGCAUGUGAUUGGUGUUAACCAACAUGGCUUCACCCAUGGCAAGUCAUGCCUGACAUCCUUGGUGACUUUUAUGAUGAAGUUACAGAAUCAGUGGAUAAAUGAAGAGCAACUGACAUCAUCUAUGUGGACUUGUGAUGAGGUUCCGCACGACAUCUGGGAUCACUGCUGGGAGUUAUUUAACAUCUUUGGAGGUGACAUGGCCAGUGGAAUUGAGUGUACUCUCAGCAGUAUUGCAGAUGACACAGGGCUGAGUGAUGGAGUUGACAUGCUAGAGGGAAGGGAUGCCAUCCAGAGGAACCUGGUCAGGCUGAAGAGGUGGUCCCAUGCCAACCUCAUGAAGAUCAACCAAGACAACGGCCGCCUCGUUGUCGCCGAGCGGCUCGAUCGGGAGGAGAUGUGCGGACGCUCCCGCACCUGCACGCUCGCCUUCGAGCUGCUGCUCGCCGACCCGCUGCAGUUCUUUCCCAUUGAGGUGUCCGUGGAGGACAUCAAUGACCACUCGCCGGUCUUCCAGGACGAACGGGUGACCUUCAAGAUCCCUGAAACCAGCGACGUGGGCUUCCGUUUCCCUGUGGCAGCAGCUCAGGACCUGGACAUAGGCAGCAAUGACAUCCAGGCUUACAGCAUCGUUCCUGAGAACGAGUACUUCACAGUCUUCUAUCAAACUCAAAAUGCGAGUGAGAUGCAUGUCGAUCUUGUUUUGGAGAAGCCUCUGGACAGAGAGGAGAUGCCAGAGUUGGAUUUCACUCUCGUUGCUGCUGAUGGUGGCUCUCCACCCACGACUGGAACCACUCGAAUUCACAUCAUAGUUCUGGAUGUAAAUGACAAUGCUCCCAUCUUCACACAGAAGGAGUAUGUUGGGCAUGUUUUGGAAGAUGCUGCGGAGGGUUCAGUGGUUCUCAGAGUGUUGGCUAAUGAUGCUGAUGAUGGAAUAAAUGGUGACAUUACAUAUGAAUUUACACAAUCAGGUGGACACACGUAUUCGGAUUUUACAGUUGACACUAAGAGUGGUGAAAUUCAAGUCAUGAAAAGUCUGGAUUUUGAGACAACACAGAAAUAUGAAUUCAGAUUGAGGGCAGUGGAUGGAGGAGGCCUUUCAACCAUGUGCAAGGUAGUGGUGGAGGUGAUGGAUGUAAAUGACAAUGCACCAGAGAUCGUGGUCAGUUCCUUCAGCAGCCCAAUCCCUGAGAAUGCAGCACCUGGCACUGUGGUCGCACUGUUUGCUGUUAGGGAUCAGGACUCCGGUGUGAAUGGGGAGAUCAGCUGUGCCCUCGAAGAACAGCUGCCCUUCUCCCUCCGGCCAGCCUUUAAGAACUACUACGAGCUGGUGACCGUGAGCGCGUUGGACCGGGAAGAAAGAGCCCAGCACACGAUGGUUGUCACGGCAGCAGAUGCAGGGUCUCCUCGUCUGAGCAGCAGCCACACGUUCACCGUGAACAUCUCCGACGUGAAUGACAACGCGCCCGUCUUCAACCAGACGUCGUACACCAUGUACGUGCACGAGAACAACGUCCCCGCGCUGCUCGUCGGGGCCGUGAAGGCAACGGACGCGGACGCGGGAGCCAACGGCAAGGUGAGCUAUCCCUGGUGCCGGCCCAUCCCCCAGACCGAAGAGCCG